AAUUUUUAGCAUUUUCGCGUUUUCAAUUUUUCAAUUAUUGUAAGUUUUUCGUCAUUCGUGUCUUAUUUAACCCCUCUAAUAAUUUCUGGAGUCAUCCAAUUUGGAAAUUGUAAGGGCUUUUCAACGUUUUGAAAAAAAAAUCUAUUCAUAGUAAAAAAUGGCCAAACGUUCAGCGUCCGUUGCUUUUGAAGCGGAUCCACCGUCGGUGUCCAAAGAGGGAAAGAAACAUUCUUUAGAUUCAGACGAAGAGGAUAGUGCCGCAGAAGAAGAAAAACAGAAUGUUCUUAAUGCUGAUGACAUAGAAGGCGAAGAAGAUGGAAUAGGGGGAAUGGAAGGUGAAAUUACUAUUACUCCUUUCAACAUGAAGGAAGAAUUAGAAGAAGGUCAUUUUGAUACACAAGGUCAUUACCAUUGGAAAAAGGAAAAAGAAAUCAGGGAUGGAUGGUUAGACAACAUAGACUGGGUAAAAGUGAAGGGUCGUCCUGAAGACAAAUAUAAAGUGCACAAGGAUAAUGAAACCUCCAACAUUUUAGAUGACACCGACAGUGAUUCUGAAGAAGAAGAGAAGUUUGACCUGAUAGCUAAUUACAAAGAAAUCCUCAAUCAUAUGAAACCUAAAGAGACUAUAGCAAAAUCUCUACAACGACUAGGAGCAAAAUCGAAAAUAUCCAGUGCUGAAAGAUGGAAAAGGAAAAAAGCAGGUAUUGUGGAUGAAGACAACAAAAUUGUUACCAGAAUUACUGAACUUGCAAAUCAGAUAUUAACUAAGCUAGGCAACAUGGAUGUGUACCAGGAAACCUAUGAACAAAUCACGAAAAUUAUUGACAAAGACAAAAACAAGAAUGGUGAUACAGAAUUAGAUAUGUACGCUGAUGACUUUGAUGUUAAAGAAAAGAUGAAUAUGACAAAUAGUGAGACAGCUGCUGGAACAAGUGAUGAUUACGAAAAACCGAAGGAGGUUCAGUGGGAGUUCAAGUGGGACCAAAACAGUGAUGAUAUAUCUGGUCCUCACUCCACACAACAGAUGCAUAAAUGGUCCACUGAUGGACACUUCAAAACUGGUGUUUGGGUGAGGAAACAUGGUGAAGACAGUCAGUUUUAUAGCUCAAGCAGAAUUGAUUUUGAACUGUAUAUUUAAUAAAAAAUAUUAUGUACUUGUUUACAUAA